AUGGCGACACAACCAGACAACUACUAUGACAUUGUCAUUGUCGGUGCCGGCCCCGUAGGCCUCAUGCUUUCCACCUGUCUUUCACGAUGGGGUUACAAGAUCAAGCACAUCGACAACAGGCCCGAGCCCACCGCCACCGGUCGUGCCGAUGGUAUCCAGCCCCGAUCCCUUGAUCUUCUGCGGAACAUGGGUCUCAAGUCCGCCAUCAUGGCCCACAAGCCCGCCCGCGUCUACGAGGUCGCCUUCUGGGAUCCCCCCAAGACCGGCGGCGGCAUCGUCCGCACCGGCACCUGGCCCAGCUGCCCCGACUUUAUCGACGCCCGCUACCCCUUCACCACCCUUCUGCACCAGGGUCUGAUCGAGCGCGUGUUCAUCGCCGACCUCGAGAAGAACGGCACCGAGAUCCAGCGUCCCUGGACCAUCACCGGUUUCACCUCGGACGAGAAGGCCGACCCCGAGUACCCCGUAACCGUCCAGCUCGCGCACGUGGACGACAGCAGCAAGACGGAAACCGUCAAGGCCAAGUACCUCUUCGGCGGCGAGGGCGCGCGCUCCUUCAUCCGCGACCAGCUCAAGAUCGGCAUCACGCACAAGGACCCCAUCUCGUACGUGUGGGGCGUCAUGGACGGCGUCGUCAAGACCGACUUCCCCGACAUGAAGAUGAAGUGCACCAUCCACUCGGAGCACGGGUCCAUCAUGGUGAUCCCGCGCGAGGCCAACAUGGUGCGCCUGUACAUCCAGAUCGCCUCUUCCACGGACCCCGACUUCCACCCGCGCAAGACCGCCACCGAGGAGGAAGUCCAGGCCGCCGCCAAGCGCAUCCUCGCGCCCUAUUCCAUCGAGUGGGAGCGCGUCGAGUGGUACAGUGUCUACCCGAUCGGCCAGGGCAUUUCCGACAAGUACACGCUCGACCACCGCGUCUUCCUCGGCGGCGACGCGUGCCACACGCACUCGCCCAAGGCCGGCCAAGGCAUGAACACGGCCUUCCUCGACGCUUUGAACCUCGCCUGGAAGAUCCACGCCGUCGAAGGCGGCUUCGCCGCCCGCCACAUUCUCGAGACCUACGAGCCCGAGCGCAAGGACGUCGCCGAGACCUUGCUCGCCUUCGACAACAAAUACGCCAAGCUCUUCUCCCAGCGGCCCGACGCCGCCUCGACCGCCCAGGCCACCGCCACCGCCACCGCCACCGUCACCGUCUCCCACGGUGUCAACCCCGACGCUCAGCAGUCCGCCGAAGAAAACGAGUUCAUCAAGACCUUCAAGGAAGCGUGCGAGUUCACCUCGGGCUACGGCGUCUUCUACAAGCCCAACGCUCUCAACUUUUCCCCCUCCCACCCAGCCGCCACCACCGUCUCCUCCCCCUCCACCAUCUUGUCCCCCGAGCAACAAACCACCAAACUAGUCCCCGGCCGCCUCUUCAUCAACUCGACCGUCACCCGCGUCGUCGACGCCAACGUCGUGCACCUCGAGCAAGAGAUCCCGCUCAACGGUUCCUUCCGCCUCUUCAUCUUCGCCGGCUCUCUUACCAAAUCCCCCGCGCAAAAAUCCGCCCUCGAGAGUCUCGCCACCGGCCUCUCCUCCCCCAACAGUUUCUUCUCCCGCUUCAAGCGGUCCGACAUCGACUGCGUCAGCCACCACGAGCGCCACAACCCUCACUCGAAAUUCUUCACUCUGGCGACCGUCUUCGCUGCCAAGCGCACCGAGGUCGAGAUCUCGCGCGACUUGCCCGAGUUGUUGGCUCGGUACAGGGAUAAUGUGUAUGCGGACGAUCGGUGGGAUCGCAGGGUUCCCGACGCCAAGGCGGCGGCGCAUGCGAAGAUGGGCUUUGAUGAGGAGAAGGGUGGCGUGGUUGUUGUGAGGCCGGAUGGAUAUGUGGGCUUUGUCUGCAAGCUUGAGGAGGGGGGCAAGACGGUGGAGGCGUUGGAGAAGUACUUUGGUGCUUUUACUAAGCAGUAA